AUCAGACAGUUAGGUGACCGAACAGUUCAACGUCUCGAAGCCACAAACUACCAUGUCUCUAGUAAAUCUUUUGGCCGUGGUUGCCUGCUUCGCUUUGUCAGUACCAUCCAAUGAUGGUGCCAGAAUUCUGGGGUUUUUCCCAUUUCCAUCUAUCAGUCAUCAAGUCGUAUUCAGACCACUGAUGCACGAACUCGCUCGAAGAGGCCACGACGUGACAGUCAUCACACCAGAUCCAGCCUUUCCUAAAGGAGGAACUCCUGCCAAUUUCACCGAGAUCGAUGUCCACGAUGCAUCAUACCGCCUGUGGCACGAACAAUUUGUGGCUACACCAAAAGGCCAGAAAGGGAAUUUAGUAAAAGAUUUUAAUAUCAUUUACAAGCUGACUGUAAAAAUAAUAGAUACGCAGUUAAAAGACGCAGAAGUGCAAAGAUUGCUUAACGAUAAAAACCAGACAUUUGAUCUGGUAAUCGUUGAAGCGAUGAUGAGACCCGCGGUAGUACUUUCGCACAUUUACAAAGCUCCAGUGAUCCUAAUGAGUUCCUUUGGAACGUUCAGUGACAAUUACGCAGUUAUGGGUGCGCCUAUCCAUCCGUUUUUGUACCCUUUCACUGUGAGUAGAAGAUUGCAUAGUACAUCUUUAUGGGAUAAAAUUGGACAUUUAUACGAUUACAUAAUGAUUGAAAUGAUACAUAGAAACAACUACAUUGAAGAGAAUCGAAUGCUUCGAUCACAUUUUGGACCAGACCUCCCUUUAAUUGAAGAGAUAAACAACAAUGUUGCUAUGAUGUUUUUGAAUCUGUACCCAGUUUUUGAAGGAAACCAUCCCGUUCCUCCCUCUGUUAUACACAUGGGUGGUAUUCAUCAGAUUCCUGACAAGCCUCUACCUCAGGAGUUAAAAUCAUACCUAGAUUCUUCUAAAAAUGGCGUAAUUUACGUCAGUUUUGGAACUAACGUGGAUCCAGCAUUGUUUCCGCCGGAGAAAAUUGCAACAUUCGUACGAACAUUCUCCCGAUUGCCUUACGACGUGCUAUGGAAGUGGAACAAGGACGAACUGCCGGGAAAAACAGACAAUAUCAAGAUAUCUAAGUGGCUUCCACAGUCCGACCUGCUGAAACACCCAAAAAUCAAAGCAUUCAUCACACAAGGAGGUCUGCAAUCAACAGACGAAGCUAUAACUGCAGGAGUACCUCUGAUUGGAGUACCAAUGUAUGGAGACCAAUGGUACGAUGUAGUCAAAUAUGAAAAACUAAAAAUUGGAGUCAAACUGGAAUUAGACACCAUUAAUGAUGAAGAUCUGGAAAAUGCGAUACACAAAGUCAUUGAUGAUGACAGGUUAGUACUAUAAUCCGUUCUUUAAGUUAUUUUAUACUAGCUUUUA